AUGACGCUGCCACGCUUCGAUCAAAUCCGUCCGAAAAUCGAAAAGCAUAUCCGGGAGGUGAAGGAUUUUCCGAAGAAGGGAAUCAACUUCCGUGACAUAAUGCCAUUAUUCACAAAUCCACAACUCGUUAAUGAACUCUGUGUUGUGAUUGCUGAUCAUGUUCGUCAUUCUGUCGGACACGUUGAUUCAGUUGCCGGUUUGGAGGCACGUGGUUUCCUUUUCGGGCCGCAAGUAGCCAUUCAACUGGGAGUUCCAUUCGUACCAAUUCGAAAGAAGGGAAAACUUCCAGGAGCAACAAUCGAAGCAUCGUAUCAAAAAGAAUACGGAGAGGAUAUUGUUGAGAUUCAAGAGGGAGCAAUCAAACAAGGAGAUGUCGUUUUUCUGAUUGAUGAUUUAUUGGCAACUGGAGGCACUCUUCGGGCUGCUGCAAACUUGGUCGUGAAAGCCGGUGGAAAAGUUGGUGAAGCAUUCGUUCUGAUCGAAUUAGCUCCAUUGAACGGCCGUGCAAAAAUUCCCGAUGUCAACUUGACCACACUUAUCUCAUAUGACAGUGCUUGA